UGGUAUUCUUUAUUUCUAAUAGCUUUUCUUUGACGCCGUAGAGGCGCUGUCAACGCAAGACGCUAUCCGCAAACGCAAAGCCCUAUUCUAAAACUCUUCACUCCUGCGUGCCCUAACGCUAACACCCGCAAAGCUCUUUGGGGCCCCUAUUCUAAAACUCUCUAAUGUGCAUACACCGCGGCUGAUAAAGCGCGUCACAUUUUUGCGCCCCGAAGAGAUCUUUCCGCCUACUGUAGUUACCGAUGCACCGAAAGGCUUCCCUGACGACCUUAUAUGAACGGACAUGGCGUAAAUUUCACAAAGUACCAUCUAAUACAUCUCGAAAUCAUUCCGCAGCACGCGACAGCAAUACUUUCAAGCUGCGCCGCGCUGGUCGCGCCGGAUCGCCCAAGCCAGAGAGUAGGAAAGGCUCUCCGCGCGCCCUAUCCUCCUCGCCCGAUGAAAAGGUCUAUACUCUCUAUGCUAGUAUCACAAGUGUUUCUUGCAACAUAUAUGCACCUAAGAGCUGCUGGGCUGCGCUGAAAAAAAAAAAAAAAAAAAAAAAAAAAAAACACUUCCAAAACAUUUAUAUUCCAGAAUUUGCCUAAGUUUGUGAACAGCUUCAUUGUAAGCCCUGAGGGUACUACAAAUAAAUAAAUAAACUAAAUUAAUACUGAGAGAGCGAGGAGGAGGAAUGAAAGCGGAAGCGGGUUGAUGGGGGCACAGUAUUAUGGAUGCCUGGUAUGUUGGCCGGGUUCAAACAGGCAUAAAGAUGAUGUAAGGGCGACGCAAAACGAAUGAAUAGUCAGAAAAAAAAAAAGGAUCGGAGACGUUCGUACACUGAGACCCGUGGCCGCUGACCAUGCCACCGACGAAGCACGCGCUAACACGCACAAACGGCGCGAGCGUCCCGCCACCUCUCAAUCAGCGCAAGAACUGCUUCGACGCAUGAGGUCACGUGAACAACGCUAUCACAUGAGCGGCCAAAAUGGCGGACACAACACCAACUUCUGUUGCUCCGACUGAAACUGCCAAAACAGCCGUGGCGGAAACAGGCAAGCUCGACGAUUCUACUGACAGAGAGCGAGAAACGUUGCUGGAGAAUGCGAUCGUUUCCGCGGAGAAGAUACUACAGCUACGCGAGAGCUUGAACGAGUUAAUCGAGAACGGACUGCUCGAGCUGGCGCGUGUGCGGUACUCGACCGGCAACAAAUCUGUGUCCGCCCUGCAGUUAAACAUGGGCGAAGUGGAAGCGCUGCGGACGGUACGCAGUAACUUCGAGGACCAGAAACAACACUACCCUAGCUUUGAACUACUACAGCCUGACGGCACGGGAAGCGCAACCAAAGAAGGCGAAGUCCGUCAGCGUCGUCAGGCAGAGGAUCCCUCAAGGGGGGCAGCGGAGUCGCCUCCGCAGCGCCCGACAAGCCCCACCGAUCCGCUGCGCUGGUUCGGCGUGCUCGUGCCCCAGUCGCUGCGGCGCUCGCAAAAGUGCUUCAUAAGCGCACUCGAGGUCGUCGUGGACGUGGCCAACGAGCAGUCCCGACUCGCAGUCGCCUUGGACACCUACCGUACCAGCCGACGGGCAGCGACAGUGCGCGACGUUGAACCGUGAACUGUGAGGACCUUUGGCAAGCGAGGACGUCAAAAACGGUAGCUCGUUCGGCAACGGUAAAUGAAAUUGUCUAAUCACAACGCAGUCAAGCGCACGACGUGAUUAACAGCGAGACAGUGCUGUCUCCUCGUGUCGAGACAGGCAGGCAUUCCAUCGACGAACACGUACAAGCUCCCCAAGAAUUCUGUUACGGUUUCUUGCUACAGACGUAGGUACUUCAGGUGGACCUUUUGUAAGGCGUGUUGGGCUACCCUUUGUCGAUUAAAGAAAAAAAAAAAAAAACCUUUGCCAGAGGGCUCGUCCUGUCUUGAAUUUUGAAUAAAUCUGGAGUUGAGUCAUGCUCAGCACUAA